UUAAUAUUCAGUGUGAACGACAUUAUUAAAAUUUUCACGUGGUUUGCAGUAACUAGUUAUUUACUUCCACCAACAUCUCACCAUCCGCAUUACCUUACCACCGACUAUCACCUGCACUUCUACACGACGCAAUUGGAACAGACCAGGUCAAACCACCUUCGCCAGCCAUCUGAACACCUUGGAGACAUAAAGGAAGAAAGUCAGAAAAAUAAAAAUAAAAUAUAAAAUGGUUGACAUCAUCCCGCUCUCGUCAUACCCCUCCUAUAUCUCGCUUCUCCCCUCGAUCCAGACCUGCAACAUCACAAACCUCCCGGAAAACUACUUCCUGAAAUAUUAUCUAUACCACGCCCUUUCGUGGCCACAGUUGAGCUUUGUCGCUGUCGUGCGACCCAAACAUAACAGCUUGAAAAAUGAGUAUCCAAAGGUAGUAGGAUACGUGCUCGCGAAGAUGGAAGAGGAGCCAACAGAUGGGAUUGCCCACGGCCACAUAACCAGUCUGAGUGUCAUGAGAACGCACAGACGGUUAGGGAUUGCAGAGCGAUUGAUGAAAAUGAGCCAACGCGCAAUGGCCGAAUCACACCGCGCCGAAUAUGUCUCCCUACACGUGCGCGUCUCCAACAACGCCGCCCUCCACCUCUACCGCGACACGCUAGGUUUCGAAGUCGAGAAGAUCGAGUCAAAAUACUACGCCGACGGCGAAGAUGCGUACGCCAUGAGGAUGGACCUGCGGCCGUUUUGGGUUAAAGAGGACCGUGUUGGCAAUACUAAUAGAGAACAGAAACAAAGUACCAAGACAGAAUCUGCUGCCGCGGAUAAUGAUGCUGAUACACACGCUGAUGAAGGCGAAGAGGUUGGCGAGAUGGGGAAGCAGCCUGGAGAGAAGGAUGAGAAAGAGAAAGAGAAGGUUUUCCGGGUUAAGGUUGGAAGAGCGCUCGGGGUGGGUGAUCUUGUGGAACGGAAUGAGAGCGUGCGAUGAGGUGUGUUGGAUCUGGCGGAUGCCUGAUGGAUGUAAUGGUUACAUCCUACCUGGAACUGGUAUUGACCAUCUACGAAGCACCUGGAGGAAGAAAACUCGCGAAAUAUUUGUUUCGAUAUAUAUGCCCAUAUAGACGGCGAUUGUACGAAGUUAUCGUCAGUUCUGUCCGAAAGUCUACACCUUUCUCGGAUAAACCGACCAAGUUACUUGUUUUCUAGGGCCAUGCUUACAACAGUCCAUAAUCUCUUGUUACGGUUUAGGCGAUUGUGAAAUUCAUUAUGAGGAUAUGGAUGAUAGUUAGCCAGACUAUCAUGCAAGAGAAGGGAGCUUGAUUUUGGGCUGUGGGUGAUAUAGGUCAAAGAGUCAAAAAUUUUGCACAAUGAUAUAUGAAUUUGGUUUGUUCAACGCUGCCCCCCUUCGCCAUUACAUUGACAUUCUUCCGACUUCCAUAAGAUGGUAUGUAAUUAAAAAAAAAUGAUCCAAAGGAGAAAUUAAAUAAGGAGAUAAGCAAAUAUAAGCAAACGGGGGGUGAAGAAAAAGAAAGCAUGGUCGUAAAUAUAGACAUAAAAAGAGACAUAAAUCGACUCGACCUCAGCGCCCGCCAGAAGCCAUGCCUUUAUAUUUGCCUUUAUUUCUCCUCUUCUCCUGCUUCUUCCUCUCCCUCUUCUGGCGCUUAGCCUCCUUUUUCCUCUGCUGCCUAUCGCGCCGUAGCUCUUUCUUCUCCUGCUUAAUCCCCGCUACCAACGUGCGAAACUCCUUCUUGGUACUCUGUAUGUCUUUCUUGAAAGCCCGUUGCGCCUCCUUAGAGCUUAGAUCACUGGUGGCAGUGGUAGUGCUACAGCCUUUUACGUUGCUGCCCGAGUUACUUGCAGUACCGCGCGAAAAUAAAUGGGUGCCGGUGCCGCGAUUCGCUCUUUUCGUGGAACGAAACUGCUUGUGCGACGUCCUCAGGAUGCGGAGUUCCUGCUUCAGGUAAUCGAUAUUUGAAUGUUGGAUGUCCAUGCGUGAACGGGCCUGACACCGCUCGUGUUCCCACCGAACGCUACGGAUCUUCUCCUUUAAGUCUUCGAGGCCUUCAGCGUGCCGCUGCGAGUAUGAGGAUAGAGAAGAGAGGAAGGAGGCAUCUGAAUCAGACGACGACGAUGAGGAUGCAGACGAGGAUGAUGACGAUGAGGACGAUGAGGACGAUGAUGAUGUCGACGAAACGGAUGCACUCCGUUGGCGACAUCCCGCUGACCUGUUUCGUCUGUGGCCCUCCCAUCCUCCCCACGGGUGCGCGAUAGCGGGAGCACCCGUAGCCGCUGGGCUAUGGCAAGAGCCAUGGCCGCCCCAUGGACUCCCCCAGCUGAAGCGAUUCCUGUGAUGGCCCAUGUGACCCCAGUGGGCUCCGGGACACCCCUUUCCCCAUCCUCUUCCUCCUCCCUGUCCGCGCCCCUUUCCCAUGCCUGCAAAGUACUUGGCUUGCUGCUCAAUAUAUUCUCCUCGAGCCUUGGCCUGCUCUUCAAUCAUCCGGCCGUACUGGUGGCUACGUUCCUCGAGCAGCUUCCCAUGUGCAGCGGCCUGCUCGCUGACCCAUUGGCCAUACUGUUCAGCACGUGCGCUAAAUUGCGACGCCCAAUUCACAAGAGCAUUGGCGGUGUUCGCUAUUCCAUGUGCUGGCGCAAAUUUCUGAUCAUAUGUCCAGCCUUCCGCCCUUCCGGAAUUGCAGUUCUCAUCCGGGAAUGGAAUCGUGGUUGAUCGCUGCGCAGUCACAGUGCUGACUUCUGGCGUAAGCGCUGAGUUAUUUCCUGGAUUGCCCCCGACGGGCCUGUGGGGGAUUGAACGCUGUCUUGAGCACGAAGGGGUCGUUGCAGAGCGGGAAAGGUGGGGUCCACUGCCGGAAGGGCCGCUCCGUACAGGCAAUGACCUCACGGCAGAAGGAUAGCACUUUGGGCAGAGAUGAGUUGACGGCGGGGGGCCUGAGGAUGAUACAUAGGUAAAAAGGAUUUCAGUCGAUCUGGGGAAAAAGAAAGAUCUGUUCCACUCAGCGCAGACUGCUUCUAUCCUGGCUUGACGCUCGGCAUCCCCUUCCUGGGCACAGUCCUUACGGUCUCGCUGAAUUGCGGCGCGGAGCUUACGGGGUAAAUGAGCCUGACUGGCGGCGGGAGCUAAAUGCGGCGGGAAUAAGUAAUUAAGGAAUGUGUCCCAGUCAUGCUGGGUAAUUUCAACAGAGCGAGGCCGCAGACACUUUGGGAAACGAUGGUAGUCUUUUGGUUGGCUUCGGGGAUAGAUUGUUAGGGUGUGUUGGAGAAGCUCCUGUGGCUCUGCAUGUUGCGGAACCGGUGGCGGUCGCUCCCUGAAGUAUGGAACUGCAGAGAUGAAGUUUGGAACAGAGGCAAGACUCUCGUAAGUCGGUACCGGGGUAUCAUCAUUGUCAACAUGAGCUUCCUCUGUGGCGGCGUUUGCCUCUAUGACAGACUCGCUGCUCGAAGCCGGGGGAAGCGGGUCAAUGGGGGUAUAUGGAGGCGGGGCGUCAUCCGGGAUGCUGGGAAUCGAGGACAUAUUGAGCUGCAGCAUACAAUAAUGCCUUCAUUCAAGCUCACGCGGGCGGAGUUUGGUGCUCUUAUAUAGUUAUGUCUAGAAGAGGAGUUUUAAACUACAUACAAAGAUGGAUGGGAUAAAUAAUCUAUCAAGAUGCGAUAAAGAGGGCCCCAAGGGCUAUUUUAAACGAUUUAUUUCAUCCCGCGCCCGUUGGUUGAAACUAGGCAGCGACAUUAUUUCUCCUAUAUUUAUACAAAGCACAAGGCGCAGGUCUCUACCCAAUAACUAUAAAGCUAUAUUACAUCAAUCCCUCUUCCAUUAGAAGUUACUGUACGGAGUACAUCUUUCAAGCUUCACUGCUGGUUACUCCCAUCCCAUCAAAUUGUUCCCUUGCCGGAAAUUAUCUUGGUGCCUUCGCGCUGCGCGAGAUAAUACCUGCGUCAUUUUGAGGCACGAUAGUUGACAAACGAAACAGUAGGAAAUUAUUAGGAAAUAAUAUCCAUUAUGGGGAGGAAAGUAAUCGGCGGGUCUAGAGGGCCUUUCUUAGUUAAGUUCAAAUUCCAAAUUCUAUACAAGCGAUAUAUACUGUACAAUAGCCUUCACGGAGUCGACUCCCUUGGUGGACGCCGCGUCUAUACGUUGUCCUAGCCAAACAAAAUAUUGGCGAAAGCCGUACAGCUGAGAAACUAUUCGAGAUAUGGACUUAUUCAAGGACUGGAUGUAAAACCAUGCAUACUCGCUCCAUACAAUAUCAUAUACCUUUCGAUUAACCCAUGUUUCUUCAACCAUGCUUCAACAGGCACAUACCACGCUCCCGGUACACCACUGCCCAUCCUUCGUGCACAGCAUGCCCACCACGCCAGCAAUCUCGUCCGUAAAAGCCGGCCUCCUCCCUCCCAUCUUCUCCCACACGAUCCUCUGAGUCUCCUCACUCAAUCUCUCCGCACCCGUCCCCGCAAGCCCAUCAUCCGCCGCAAGCUUGCUGCCAGGCGUGUUGUCCUGCCAGCCCUGCAUCGUCUUCCAAAAGUCCUCCCCUGCCUCCCAGUACAUAUCCCCAAUAACCGGCCCCGGGUUGAUGGCAUUGACAGUCGCGCGGUCGCCAAGUUCACGCGCCCACGUCCGCGUCAUGGCUUCGAUCGCCGCCUUGGUCCCUCCGUAGACACUCUGCCCUUCAAAGCCCAAGCUUGCACUAACGCUUGAGAGGUUCACAAUUCGCCCCGAUCGGUCCUGUGGUAGGUAAGGGGCCACGGCUUGCGUGAGGAGCAGGGGAGCCAGGACAUUGACGGUGUACAUGUGGUGGAAGAAUUCCGCACUGAUAGGCCCGCGAACGGGGUCGUUGAGGCGGAUAUCGCCCCCGAUGCCGGCAUUGUUGAUUAGGAUGUCGAUGGUUAAGCUGUUGGUGAAUGAAUUGGUGAAGUGGUUUUGGGCACUGGCAAGAAUUUUCUGGACUGCUGCGGUGGGCUCGCUGAGGUCUGCCUGGACACUUAUGCAGCGGAUGGAGUGGGCUUUGGUCAGUUCUUCACAGAGCUGGAGUGUCCGCUCCGUUGAGGAAGUGGAGGUAUAGUUGAGAAGAAGUGAGCAGCCUUUCGAUGCCAAGUUAUGGGCAGUGGCUGCUCCAAUGCCUUUUUGAGAAAAUCUGUUAGUAUCUGGUUCUUGUAUGCGCGCGUGCUUUCUUGGUGUACAUAGUUGUUGAACUAGUGGGAAGGGGGACGGCAUUCGUCACGGCGAUUAAUAUAAAGUAUAAUUAGGAAGGUUAUUGCAGAGUGGUUUCAAUCUUUCCACAAAGUUAGCUACGCCAACUCCUACUGUGGCUCAGCCUGCCGUAGAUAGGUGAGGAAACCCAAGCUCAAAUCAGUCGUUAUAUACGAAAAUGACAUAGGCGAAGCCAACUCUGAAGGUUGCUGUGAGGACGACAAUCCCGUUGACGUCAUCGUUCCUCGCGGGGUACGAACGGCCAAGACCGCAAAAUGUACUCCGUACCCCAAAAUAAUUCCUCUUGUGGCCUAUUAUUACUCACGCGUCCGUCCAUCACCAAAAAAAAGGGUAAAAUAUAAAAAAAGAAUGGUGACAAGAGUGGGAUUUGAACCCACGCCCCUCUCGAGACCAGAACCUUAAUCUGGCGCCUUGGACCGCUCGGCCAUCUUGCCUUAGAUGAAUGUUUGGUCGGUGGAGAAUGAUGCUGAGCAAAAUCACGUAGCUGUGGGUUUGAGA